CGAUCUGUCCCAAGGCCCGGCGGCCGGUAAUACUUAAUUGCAGGCAGAGAAGGAAGGAAUGUUAUAAUUUUCAUGCUCCUCAGAAAGUGAAAUGUCAGUGCCUGAUUCAAAUACCUUAUGACCCAAAUCUUAAUCGCUCCAACUACUGGGACGUAGCCGGGCGAACGUUCUGGAGACCUGGGGGGCAAUGUUUUCCUGUCGCUAGUUUGAAUCAGCAACAAGGCUGGGAAGAGAAGCUAGAGUUCUCAUUACUGGAGUGUUCACACCCCUGCACGGGAGUGCUGCUGUCUUGGGAGCCCCUGGGUGAUGUAGCUAACAGACACACAAUCACUUUCAAAUCGCUACACCGCCCAGGAAAAAGGGUGGAAAUGGCUGGCACUGUGCUUGGAGUAGGGGCUGGCGUAUUCAUCCUAGCCCUGCUCUGGGUGUUAGUGCUGCUGCUGUGUGUGCUGUUGUCCAGAGCCUCCGGUAUAGCUAGGUUCUCUGUCAUGUUUGUGUUCCUCGGCGCUCUGAUCAUCACAGCAGUUCUGUUGCUCUUCCCCCGGGCCAGUGACGUCCCAGCCCCAGAGGUCGAAAUCAAGAUUGUGGAUGACUUUUUCAUUGGCCGCUAUGUCCUGCUGACUUUCCUCACUGCUGUCUUCCUUGGAGGCCUUUUCUUGGUUCUAAUUCAUUAUAUCCUGGAGCCAAUCUAUGCCAAACCACUGCGGUCCUACUGAGCACUAUUUGGGAAAACCGAGACCCUGUUCUCUCCUUCACUUUGAUGUCACUGAUGAGCAGAAAGGAACGGUGUGGAGCCUUGUGUUGACAGCCUUCAUGCCUUAAGAUCAGAGGAACAUCCAUUCAUCACUAAGACAGAUCCCUUGAGUCCUGGCUUCUGGAAAUGGGACUGCACAAUUGUCCCUGUGGAGAUAGAGUCUCCCAGCUUAAGAGGGAUAUUGCUGUCUUCUCAGCACUUGUACCUCCGGGUUUACAUCAGUUUUGAAAGGGAAGUAGUAGCAGUGAUCUGAUUAGAGUAGAUUUUCAAUUAAAUGUCAGUAAGUGGAUUUUGGGAAAAGGAGCACUUUGGCUUCUGCCGUCCAAUAGAUGGAAGAACCUGGUCCUUUUUGAUAAUAUGUAAAAUUCUUAGUUACAAGGUCAGGAUCAUUUGGAAGGAAAGGCACUCAAAGUUCAAAAGGUUAUUUUAAUGUGAUGAUUUG